AUGUCUAAAGGCACACCGGAUUCUCGUAACGGUCCGGAAAGUUUGAUAGAUCAAAUUGCAGAUGGAGAAGCACCAGAGUCCACAGAUACCAAGGUCAGAUACGCAGCCUAUGCCAGCCGUUUAAGGACAAUCCUAGCAAGCGCACAUCGUUACGUCGCAUACACCUCCGACAUUGGUGAAUCAUUCCGUCCAGUUGCACACCCUUGGCUGGUCCGUUCUGCCUAUGGGGUUUCUUGGUUGUAUAUAACAGGCGACGUCGCACACGAAUCAUACAAAUCUUAUCUUCGGAACCAGGAAUAUCUUCACAAACUGCCCCCAAACUUAAGACCUAAUUCACUAGAGUCGUUUUCGGUGGGCAAGCAUACCAGUAGCCCUGUCAAUGUCCCCUUAAAGGAUGACUAUCGUGUGGUUGGCGUUCAGAGGGCCAUAUUUCAAUCGGUCGCUUCGAUGCUCUUCCCCGCUCUUACUAUUCACUCCGUUGUAAAAUAUAGCGGUAAAGCUAUGAAAGAUGUUAAGAACGCUCGGCUACGAACGUGGGGCCCCAUUGGGCUUGGUUUGGCCGUUGUUCCGGCUCUACCCUACUUAUUCGAUGAACCUAUCGAACACGCUGUUGAGUGGGCCUUCGAAAAGGGUAUCGAGGCUUACGAAAAGAAGGGGCUUCCGGGAUCGAAGGGGGGGGAACUUUAG